CUUCCACCCUUAUCAACCCGUGUGUGUGUGUGUGUGUGUGUGAGACUGGGUGGACUGUGACACGUAACUUUGUCCGUUUCGUUGACGUGACCAGGCAGGACACCUCCACCCUGGACAGGGAGAGCAGCGAGCCCCCCCUGUCCCGAGUCAAAAUCCGUUUCAUUCAGUGCAUUUGGCAGCAUGGAGGCGAGGGACGCAGUAGCAGGUGCUCUUGUGAGCAGUGAUAGAGAAGAACAAACUGCAAAGAAGGAUGCAGCUCCUAAAAAAGACAAACCCCAGACCAAAAGCAUGAUGGAGCAGAUCUUUGGGUUCAAGAAGGAGGACUUGACCUCCUGGCACAGCCUGGUUGCCCUCCUGAACCGUCCCACUGACCCUGCAUCCCUCGGCAUCUUCCGCUGCUUGUUUGGUUUGCUGAUGACCAUUGACAUCACACAGGAACGCGGCCUCAGUCACCUGGACUACAAGUACCUGGAUGGAGCCCCUGUGUGCCGCUUUCCCCUCUUCAAUUUUUUACAGCCCCUGCCGCUGGAUUGGAUGUACCUGGUGUAUGUGGUGAUGUUCCUCGGUGCCUUUGGCAUCAUGCUUGGCUGUUUCUACCGUCUCUCCUGCCUUAUGUUUAUCUCAACCUACUGGUACAUCUUCUUUCUGGACAAAACGGCCUGGAACAAUCACUCGUACCUCUAUGGCCUCAUUGGAUUUCAGCUCACACUCAUGGAUGGCAACAGAUACUGGUCAGUCGAUGGAUUGCGAAGACCUUCGAUAAGAAACGCUCAUGUGCCUCUAUGGAAUUACACUUUGUUGAGGACACAGAUAUUUAUAGUUUACUUCAUCGCUGGAAUCAAAAAGUUGGAUGCUGACUGGGUGGAGGGAUACUCCAUGUCAUACUUGGCACACCACUGGCUUUUUGAUCCUUUCAAAGUGAUUCUUCCGGUGGAGUUAGUGAGUCUGCUGGUGGUGCAUGGAGGUGGUCUUUUUCUGGAUCUGACCGCCGGCUACUUGCUGUUUUUUGACACCACACGACCUUAUGCCUUUUUCUUUGUCUCCUACUUCCACUGUAUGAACUCUCAGCUCUUCAGCAUUGGUAUGUUUUCCUACACAAUGCUGGCCACCAGUCCUCUGUUCUGCUAUCCUGACUGGCCAAGAAGAUUCUUUGCCCAUUUCCCAGCAAUCCUCAGAGUGGUCCUGCCACUCACCUCACCGGAUCCCCAGUCCAGCCCCUCUUGUGUUUACCGUGAGCUCCAGAGCACCAGCGCCAAACGCCAGGAGACACCGCCUGUUGCCAAACCUUCCAAACUGAGACUUAAGCACAAGCUGGGAGCCAUUUUUACGAUUAUCUAUAUAAUUGAACAGUUCUUCCUGCCUUACUCCCACUUCAUCACACAGGGUUACAACAACUGGACCAAUGGCUUGUAUGGCUACUCGUGGGACAUGAUGGUUCACUCCCGCAGCCACCAGCAUGUUAAGAUCACCUACAAAGAUGGAAAAACUGGAGAAAUCGGAUAUCUGAACCCAGGGGUGUUCACCCAAAGCCGUCGGUGGAAAGAUCACGGAGACAUGCUGAAGCAGUAUGCCACGUGCCUCGGUCAGUUUCUGCCUCGCUAUAAUAUCACUGAUCCAGAAAUAUACUUUGACAUCUGGGUGUCCAUCAAUGAACGCUUCCAGCAAAGGAUUUUUGAUCCACGUGUGGACAUCGUGAAGGCUGAAUGGUCACCUUUCCAACCAAACGCAUGGCUUAUGCCUCUGCUGGUGGAUCUCUCACCUUGGAGGACCAAGUUCCAAGAUAUUGAGGGCAGUUUGGACAAUCAGACUGAGAUUGUCUUUAUCGCUGAUUUCCCAGGUCUCCACUUAGAAAACUUUGUGAGUGAAGAUCUGGGCAACACCAGCAUCCAUGUGUUGCAGGGCAAGGUGAACAUUGAGAUAGUAGAGGAGAAAAAGAACUACACUGUGGAGCCUGGUGAGCAGAUGAAGGUACCUGCUGGCGCUUAUCAUAAGGUGUACACAGUGUCCGAAGUCCCCUCUUGCUACAUGUACAUCUAUGUCAACACUACAGAGGCAGCACUACAAGUGAACUUCACCAAACUGUUUGAGCUCCAGGAGCGCAUUCGCAAUGGGACAGAAACCGAGACUAUUCCUCCCGAGCUUCAGCCUCUUGUUGCUGCAGACGAUCACGAAGGGGCGGAGGUCAACGCCACCGACCCGAUUGUGCGGCUGUUCCUGAAAAGGCAGCGCCGCAUGAAGGAGGUGAAGAAACGCAGGGAAGCCGGCCUUCUGGAGCGACUGGAUCGGUUUGCUGUGAAAAAGUACUACACGAUACGGAGGGGAUUCUUGAUGACAGCCAUUGCUAUGAGGAACCUGGCGGUGGGCCUGCCUCCUCUGGAACAGCUGCAAAGAGAAGUUGCCUUUGCAAACAUGAAAGAACCCCAGGCUGAAGCCAACCAGGACGAACGACUCAAAGAUGAAGUUGGCCACGGGGAACUUUAAAGCCGCCGCUGGGACCAAAGAUACUCUGCUGCAUUGCCUGCAGGUGCUGGAUCACACAUUCCUAAGAAAUGUGUGGGUUUAUUACUACUGGACUGUUACUACACUGGGACAUGGCUGCCCAGAAAUCAAAGAAUUUUCCGAAUUUCUAUAAUUCUGAAAUAUUUGGCAUUUCAGAAUUAUUCCCAGUAUUUUGUUAUAGCAUUUGUUUAUGAACCUGAAUUUUUGCUGAGAACACGUUUGUUACAACUCCAAAAAAAAAAAAAAA